GUCCUCUCAAAGUCGCUCUCAUUCUAACCCUAAGACUAAAUUUGGAGAGAAAUCUUUUGUGGCAGAAAUUUUCAAAAUUAUUUAAAACGAACGAACCAAAAAAUCCUUCAUAGAGAGAUGCGGAUUAACACAGAAGAAACCAAAAAAGUGUUUGGAUGUCAAGAAAUUGAAACAAAAUCGCUUAAUCUCAUCAAUCAUUCAAAUAUCCAUUUCGAAAGUUCCCCAAUUCCCACUCACAUUUGGAGCCCUAAAAAUUUUCCCCAAAAUUUUCACUUCACAUUGACUGGAUAUCCUGCUCAAGCUCUGCAGCAAUGGCGAACAACGACAUCGAAAUCGGAGGACCGGGAGCAGCGUCGAGGAAGGACUAUUUGGACCCGAAGCCGGCGCCGUUGAUCGACAUUGAGGAGUUUACGAAAUGGUCGUUUUACAGAGCUAUCAUUGCUGAAUUUGUGGCGACUCUGUUGUUUCUCUACGUCGCUGUUUUGACGGUGAUCGGAAAUAGUAGCCAGAUGGACCCGCUCAACGGCGGGAAUUUAUGCGGCGGAGUUGGCCCGGUCGGAAUCUCGUGGGUGUUCGGCGGUAUGAUCUUCGUUCUCGUUUACUGCACCGCCGGUAUCUCUGGAGGACACAUAAAUCCAGCAGUGACAUUCGGAAUGUUUUUGGCAAGAAGGAUAUCGCUGGUCCGGGCCUUGCUCUACAUCAUAGCUCAGUGCUUGGGGGCGCUCUGCGGCUGCGCCUUGGUCAAGACACUCCAAAGGGAUCGUUACAACCACUACGGCGGUGGCGCCAACCAGCUCGUUGAUGGUUACAGCCAAGGCACCGGCCUUGCUGUCGAGAUUAUGGGCACUUUUGUUCUUCUUUACACUGUCUUCUCUGCCACUGAUCCUAAACGCAAUGCCAGAGACUCCUAUGUUCCCGUCUUGGCUCCACUCCCCAUUGGCUUCGCCGUCUUCAUGGUUCACCUCGCUACGAUUCCCGUCACCGGCACUGGCAUCAACCCUGCUCGAAGCUUCGGUGCCGCCGUCAUCAUCAAUGAUCGGAAAGUUUGGAAGGAUCAUUGGAUUUUUUGGGUUGGGCCAUUGAUCGGAUCAACAAUUGCUGCAAUGUAUUAUCAAUAUGUUCUUCGAGCCUCCGCCGUGAAAGCAAUCGGAUCUUUCAGAAGCUCGCCGCCAACUCGCUAUUAAAAUGGUGAACAAAACUUAUUUUUUCAUUGGUCAACAUCAAUUUCGACCAUUAUUAUGUUUUUUUCGAGUAGUAGAGAAUACAAAUGAAAAGAGAUUUUUUCCUCAAAAAAUAUGUAUAGGUAAAUAAUUUUUUGUGGUGGUUAGUAAGAGGAAUGGAGAUGGAGAUUCUUCCCUAGUAGAAAGGUAGAACAUUACCAUUUUAUUUUAUUUUAUUUUAAUUUUUUUUCCCUCUUCAAAGAAUUGUAAGAGAAUUCUUUGUGUAUAAUAUGUUUUUGUAAUUGUAGGUAGUGAAUUACUGGUU